AGUCCCCGGCCGGGCGCGGGGUGGGGAGGGGUGCGGGGUGUUUGUGUGUUCUGCAGUGCGGCGCUGCACGCAGCGGGCGCCGCCAUUCGUGUCGCCGGCAGCCAGCCAGCCGCAUCUCCUGCGCGCCGCGGCCCGUGCGGUAGUGACCUCGCCGCCCCCUGGAUCAGCAGCCAGUGCUUCCACGUGCAGCCAUGCAGCUGGUCGCACUGCUCAUCGUGCUGGGACUGGCGUCGUCCGCGCAGGCCAUCCACUGCUACAAGUGCCAGAGCCCGCGGCCGAUCGCCAACGUGUCUGCGAUCGGCACCGCGCUCAGCCUGCUCAUCAACGCGCCCUCCUGCACGCAGUUCGACGCCGGCAACCCCGACUGGAACAGAAAGUUCAUCCAGGACUGUCCGGACGACGACGCCUGUCUGAAGGUCACCGAUCCGAAAGACCCCUACAACGAGGCGCGCGGCUGCUUCCAGUUGGCCCGGGACGGCUGCGACGGCGGCACGUGCUUCUGCACUGAGGAGCUGUGUAACGGCUCGGAGCGCGGCUGGCCGUCGGCCGUGCUGCUGCUCUCGGCCGUCAUCGCAGUGCUCGCAGGAGGACGCUAGACGUGCUGAACGUAGCGGAAGAUGCUGAAACUCGACCUCACCUGGGCCGAGAAGUGAACGAAACCUUCUUUGGAUGCGUCCAACGGCCUGCCACACUGCAGCUUCAAGUGCCUCUUUGUGUCUCUCAUGUGCUGGAGCUGAACUACUUGAUUGUGAGGUGUCAGUGUUGGGAUAUGUCGUUGCCCCGAUCAAACGCUUUGAUAAUUGGUCUGAACCCUGAAGUGAGAACGUUCGGGAGGUGUAGCUGAAUAUGUAGAUGUCGUUUUGAACAGGGACGGGUUGUUAGGCGUUUAAGUGCACGCGCUCAUGUGAACGUACCGUCUGCUCAAUGGCUUCUGUGAACCAAUCUGCAUGACUUCUCUAGCAUAUGCUGGACCAUAGACAGGCUACUCCAUAUUGUAUGAUUAUGCAAUCGAAUAACUAAUCAUAGAAAGGUCAGAUGCACUGAACGUGGGUUGACUGAUGCCGGUUCCCCUCGAACAGUGAAAUAAUUACAAAAAUAACCCUCAGGCCUCAACAGCACUAAUGCACGCUGAUUGAAUAAAAUACGCUGUCCUCUGUGAUGGAUUGCUAAUGACAUGAUAUUUCUGCCAAUACACGGUAAUUUUGAGCA